GAUGUGUAUUUUGGACAGGCAUUUUCCUCGCCUUACUUGUUGUGCUAUUUGGGGCCUUUUCAGAGUUCCAAGAUGGCGGCGGCCGCUCGGCUGAGCUGUGUCCUCCGUGUAUCAUUAGCAGGUGUUAGAACAUUAGGAGGUUCUGGUCUCUCCUCUGUGACUCGGUCCAGUGGAUCUCCGGUCUGUUCUGCGGCUGUGGUUCUGGCGUCUCCGGCUACCUGGACUCAGACUCGUCAUUCCAGCUUCUUCACCAAGCUGACUGCAGAUGAGCUGUGGCGUGGUGUGUUAGCCGAGAGCGGCGCUGGAUCCAGGAAAGGUCGAGGGAAAAGAACCAAACGCAAACUGAAGAAAGACCUGAAUCGAGGACAGAACAUCGGAGAGGGUCGUGAUGGGUUCCUCUGGCCGGGUCUGAAUGUUCCUAUAAUUAAAGGUGGAACCAUCCAGUCCUUCUCUAAACGAGGAGAGGCGGAGCAGCAGGAGCUGAGGGCAGAGCUUGAGCGUCAGAGGGACGAGUGGGACAGGAAGAGGAAGAUGAAGAUAAAGAGAGAGAGGGGCUGGUCAGGAAACUGCUGGGGAGGGAUCAGUCUCGGACACCCAGACCCGGGACCGAACGGAGAAACAUAUGAGGAUUUUGACUGCAGAGUUAUUGAGGUAAAGAGUGUGUUCAACAUGACUGCCAAAGAGGGCAGGAAAAGGUCGAUCAGCGCCCUUGUCGCCGUGGGCAACGGUAACGGAGCUGCAGGCUUUGCUUUGGGAAAAGCCACAGACAGAACCACAGCCCUGAGGAAGGCCAAGAACAGAGCCAUGCACUACCUCUACUACAUCGAGAGAUACAACGACCACACCAUUUAUCAUGAUAUUGAGUCGACCUUCAAGAGAACCACACUGCGCAUGAAAAAACAGAAUGAAGGAUACGGACUGCACUGUCACAGGGCAGUAAUAACUCUGUGUAAACUGAUCGGGAUUAAGGACAUGUACGCUAAAGUGGAGGGGUCAGUCAAUCUGCUGAACAUCACCCGCGCUCUCUUCCAGGGUCUGGCCAAUCAGGAGACACACCAGUUGCUGGCUGACAGGAAGCAGCUGAAUGUGGUGGAGUUUAGUGAGGAGCGAGGGCCGUUGCCGGUGGUGGUGGCUCAGCCACAGCUCGGAGCCCGGAGCGAGCCAGAGCCAGAGGACGAUGUUCCAAACACCAAGCUGCACUGGGCCGACGUUCAGCUAGCGCAGGGCAUGAAGCGCUCCAAGUGGGCCGGUGUCAAGAGAACCAUCUGGUGAUGACUUUAGAAUAAAAACACUCAGAGUCUGAAACCAAACACAGAUUACAGUCUGAGAACUCCAGAGAACCCAAACAGCUCAGAACCCAGACUCGACCCGGGUCAGAACCAAGAGCUCCACCUGCACCAAACUUAUUAUUAUUACUGUUAAAGAUGAAAAACGUUUAAAUACAUCAUUCUGUUGAGAUUUAUAAAAUAAUAAAAAAUAUUAAUUCUAAAA